AUGUCUCAUGCAAGAUCGAAAAGUUAUAAUAAAAAUAUUUGUUCAAUUGAACAUCAGGAGGAAGAAUUAAUAAAAGCAUUUGAAAUUGAAAAAGAACGUUUUGAAUCUAUUGAUGAUUUAAAUUUAGAAUCAGCAAUAUUAUUAGCCGAAAGUGUUGAAAAAGAGUUGAAAAGACUUGUAAAUGAUUCAAAACAUUUUAAAAAGGUACGAAGUAAGGUUGGGAGAUAUCUUAUAAAUAAUGUUUCUAAAACAAUAUCUUUAUUGCUUAGUAAAAAUUCAAUGAAAAACGAUGAUGAUAACGACAGUGAUUUAUCUGGUGUUCAACAAGUUGGUACAAUAAAAUUUCAACGAGAAUUUGUUGAUGUUGUUGAAAUUAGGAAAAAUCAAAAAGAUCUUCCUUUUGAAAAAAUAUUUACCAAGAAUAGGAUUGGGAAUAAUGUUACUCAGAUUCUUAUCGAAGAUCCUUAUAUAAUUACAAAAGAUCAAACCAUAAGUCUUUAUUUUUUUAUUAUUGCUAUGAAAAGCAUAUAUGAUACUCUAGAAUAUGUGGAAAUCAAAACAAAAAUAAAUCCAGGAAGAACAAAAAUAUUUGAAGAACUUUCUCAAAAAUUCCAAGAAUAUACGAGAUCUGAAUUAAUAAAAAAGGAGCGUGAAGUGGCUCGAGAAAAUUUAGUUUCUAUUCAAAAUAAAUGUAAAGAAAAGGGAAUUAAUCUAAGUUUUACUUUUGGUAGUUCUACUAUGCAUGAUAGACGUAUCUUUUUCAACUCUGGUGUAGUAGCUUAUCCGGGAAGAGGAUUAUCUAUUCACAAAUUAGAUUUCUAUAAACAUGAUGGAAAUUUCAAUAAUGUACCAUGUAAUGAAUGCUAUAUACCAAUGUUUCGAUUAAAAGAUUGGGAUAUUGAAAUCCACAAUUUAUCUAAUUUUAAAUAA